GUGUUUUUUGUGGGGCCCAGGAAGCUAAAGCUGUGUGUAUUUGUGGAUCAGACAAGUGCAGCAAGUUAUUAUCAUUGGCUUCUGAAGGGGAGAGUGAGGUGAUGGCUGCGUUUAAGUUGGAUUUCCUUCCAGAAAUGAUGGUGGAUCAUUGCUCUUUGAAUUCCAGUCCUGUCAAAGGGAAAUCAACUAAUAAUGACAGCUCAAAGAAAAUGAACGGCACCCUGGACCACCCAGACCAACCAGAUCUUGAUGCUAUCAAGAUGUUUGUGGGCCAGGUUCCCAGGACCUGGUCUGAGAAGGACUUGAGGGAGCUUUUUGAGCAGUAUGGUGCUGUCUAUGAAAUCAACAUCCUAAGGGAUAGGAGCCAAAACCCUCCUCAGAGCAAAGGGUGCUGUUUUGUUACAUUUUACACCCGUAAAGCUGCAUUAGAAGCUCAGAAUGCUCUUCACAACAUGAAGGUCCUCCCUGGGAUGCAUCACCCUAUACAGAUGAAACCUGCUGACAGUGAAAAGAACAAUGCUGUGGAAGACAGGAAGCUGUUUAUUGGUAUGAUUUCCAAGAAGUGUACUGAAAAUGACAUCCGAGUCAUGUUCUCUUCAUUUGGACAGAUUGAAGAAUGCCGGAUAUUGCGGGGACCUGAUGGCUUAAGCCGAGGUUGUGCAUUUGUGACUUUUACAACAAGAACCAUGGCACAGACAGCUAUCAAAGCAAUGCACCAAGCACAAACCAUGGAGGGUUGCUCCUCUCCCAUGGUGGUAAAAUUUGCUGACACCCAGAAGGACAAAGAACAGAAGCGAAUGGCCCAGCAGCUCCAGCAGCAGAUGCAGCAAAUCAGUGCAGCAUCUGUGUGGGGGAACCUGGCUGGCCUGAACACUCUUGGGCCCCAGUACUUAGCACUUUAUUUGCAGCUCCUUCAGCAGACUGCCUCCUCUGGGAACCUCAACACCCUGAGCAGCCUCCACCCAAUGGGAGGGUUAAAUGCAAUGCAGCUACAGAAUUUGGCUGCACUAGCUGCUGCAGCUAGUGCAGCUCAGAACACACCAAGUGGUACCAAUGCCCUCACUACAUCCAGCAGUCCCCUCAGCGUACUCACCAGUUCAGCAGGGUCUUCACCGAGCUCCAGCAGCAGUAACUCUGUCAACCCCAUAGCCUCACUUGGAGCCCUGCAAACAUUAGCUGGAGCAACAGCUGGUCUCAACGUUGGCUCUUUGGCAGGAAUGGCUGCACUGAAUGGUGGUCUGGGCAGCAGUGGCCUUUCCAACGGCACUGGGAGCACUAUGGAGGCCCUCACCCAGGCGUAUUCUGGGAUCCAGCAGUACGCUGCCGCGGCACUCCCCACUCUGUACAACCAGAAUCUAUUGACACAGCAGAGUAUUGGUGCUGCUGGAAGCCAGAAGGAAGGUCCAGAGGGAGCCAACCUGUUCAUCUAUCACCUGCCCCAGGAGUUUGGAGACCAGGACCUGCUGCAGAUGUUUAUGCCCUUUGGGAAUGUCGUGUCUGCCAAGGUUUUCAUAGACAAGCAGACCAACCUGAGCAAGUGUUUUGGUUUUGUAAGUUACGACAAUCCUGUCUCAGCUCAAGCUGCCAUCCAGUCCAUGAACGGCUUUCAGAUUGGAAUGAAGAGGCUUAAAGUGCAGCUCAAACGUUCCAAGAAUGACAGUAAGCCCUACUGAGCGUGCUCCCCUCUCAGACUGGAGUGAGAAGAUCUUCUGGCACAGCUUGCCCUGAAGACUCAGCUACUGCCUUCUGUGGGAGUGUCGCUUCGUACAGAGGACAAGUUUGUGCUUUGGUUUCCAGUGUUUUACUUUGGAGUUUAGGUGCCAUAUCCUGAGGGGUUUUUUGUUUUGUUUUGUUUUUGUUUCUUUUCCCUUUAUUUAAAGUUUGCUGUGUUUGUAACCAGUAUGUUGAGAAGGACCAACACCAACCAGUCCACCCUGAGGAAGGGGGAAAUGGUUUAAAAGAUGAUCAGAAUGUGCCCCAAACCACCGGAAGAGAGAGUACUGAGCAGAACAGAAAGUUGAUUUCCCACAAAUCUCUUUCCCUGUGUGCGAGGGUGGGCAAGAUCUAAUGAGCUACAGGGGCAGAGUGGGUGAGGUAGCUUGGCAUCUACCCCUUCAUAAACUAGCUGCUCUCCGUGAAAAUGCUAAGAGUGGGUGAGGUAGCUUGGCAUCUAGACCCCUUCAUAAACUAGCUGCUCUCCGUGAAAAUGAUAAGCUUCUGCCACCCAUUUUCCUGAUUUUUGUCCUGGAUUUUUGACCUUCUUUCCUAAAAGGGGGUCAGCAAGUCUCAGUAAAUAAAGCACUUCUUCAUUUAGCCUGAAAUAUGCAAAGAACAGGGAGAUACCCGUUACUGGCCAUCCCAGCUCACCAUUGGUAUUGUAGUGCCCUGCCUGGCUGGUGGGUCUUUGGGCGAAGCAGCCAAAGAGGUCAUUUUUUGUUUAAGUGUGAAGUUAGAACCAUGGCUCAUUCCAACAGUUUAUUUUGAAGAAAGUCUAUGGAAGUUCACCAGAGCAAAGAAUAUUGCCUCCUUCCCCACCACAAUUUCCUCUUGAGGGCGAAUCUAAGAAGCUCUUGCAGCAUCUAGCCAGCAAGGGUGCUGUUCACAGGCAGAGCAAUCAGAAGCCAGGAGGAGGGCCCUGCUUCUUGAUGGACCUGAGUCAAGGUCUCUUGAGGCCAGGAUGCUGUAUUUGAGCAGAGCCUACUAUUCAGGAGGGUGCAGAAGUGCACACUGGCCUCUUGGAUGAAGGUGUCCCAGAGGUUGAGUUCCCACAGGGGUCUGACAAGCCUCCCCUAGAGACAGAAGAAAGUACAGGACGUUUACAGGCUCCAUGUGGGUUUAGUGUUCAUUUACCUCAGUAUUAGCCCAUGUUCAUUUUGUCAUCAUGCUUACAGUUAGCUUUCUGCUGCCCUUCACCAAUCUUAACUCCAGUGUUUGCCAGUGUCCCACACAGCCUCUGGGCUCUACUUCUGCUCCAAGAAAUACUUUUGGGAAUGUGCAUCUGAGCAGAGGUAGCCCCGUAAGCUUAAGACUCUCAGCCACAGCCAGGGCUUGGGUUCCUGGGUCCUUGGAAGCUUAAACCUCACAAGUUGAAAGUCUUGACUCCUAGCAACAGAGAUUAAAAGAAAGGGGCUAGCCUGUUUUUAAGUCAGAUGGGGACACUUCUGUUUAUCAUGCUGUCCCUGGAUGUAUAGACAGGGAUUGACCAUCCUGCUGUUGUACAGGUAGUCGUUAGUGUUGGAUUAUCCCAUUGAAACUGGGACAGCUGUUCUCUUCUCAUAGUGAUAAGUUGGGUCUAUUGUCCUCUUAAGAAACAUGAAAUAAUACACUUCUUAAACUGAACCACGUAAACUUGAAUUCUGCGAAAUGGGAGAAGAGUGUCCUGUGUUUCAAGAUAAAACUGUUCUAAAGGCUUCCAGGGUAAUGAUGGGAUUUUUUUUUAAAUAAAUGCAAAAAUAAAAAAUAAAAAUAAAAAAACUUUUAAAAAAAGAAAGAAAAUGCUAGGUUGGGCAGGCACUGUUCUGAAUCCCAACCAGCUGGAACAAGAAUGUCGUUUCUAUUUUUAUAGAAGUUUUAUACAGCUCCGGGGUGGAGAAUAUUUAUUACCUAAAUUAUAUCUCUGGAAAAGGCCAGGAUUUUGUAGAAUCCAGAAUGUGAUUGUUGUACACACGGGGUGCUGUGUAUGAUUGAAACUACUGACUUUCUGUGACUGUUGCAGCCCAGGUAACCUGUCCAAGGGGAGGCUAACAUUAAUGCUGUGAAUCGGCAGAGGCGAGAGCUGUGCUCCACAGGGUCUGCCAGCGCUGUGCUCCCUAACCAGAAAUUCUAUUCUGUCUUCCCUACUUUCUCUCUCCCAUUUUACCCUUUGUCCACAGAUUUGUGCUGGGCUCUAGGACCUUAUGAAACUACCUUCCUAUGAUAUUAGAGGCAAAGGUGUGACCCCAAACUUCAUACCUCCUCUAAAAGGAGCAGUUGCCCCAGCAGGCUCAUGGUGUGCUCAGGCAGCCAGCCAGCUGGGGAGACCAUGCACUUCUCUUCUCCCCCUUCGCCCAGUUCCUAAGCACAGCAGGAGCACUGUCCUUGAGCACAGUUCUCUCCCCAGGCCAAAGAUGGUUUUGUUGAAGAAGCUGCUCCCUAUAAGUCUUGAUGUGGAAGGGCUCAGCUCGGAGUGGAGACUGGAGUGAAGUCUUAAGCGGUCCAUUUCUGUUGUGUAGAGGGAGCUUUCACUUCCAGUGUUUUCUGCUGUAGUUUUGUUUCUUGGAUUCUAUCAUGCCAUUGAUUUGCCUUCACUGCAGCCCGACCGCUAUGUCCUGGGUUCCACACGAGUGGCCAGGGCCUAUGUGGAAGCUUAGGGCUUGGAUUUCUGGGAUCAAAGGGCCAUCCAAGACUGAGCAAGAAACUGGCCUUCUACCCUAAAUAAUCUCCCUUCUGCUCUAGUCAGCAUCUUUUGUUUCCUCUCCCUUUGGGUCUUGCCAGGUAGUGGGAAAGAGGCUGAGCCCUGCUUACCCCAGAGACUGUCUUGAUGUGUUAGGUGCUUUGCAGGAAAUCCAAGCCUUAGGUUCCCUUCUGUCUCUGGCAGUUGGAUGUUCUCUUGGUGUCCUCCAUGUCCUUUUGAACUUUUCCCUGUGUCCAUUGUUAGCAUGUGCAAAAGUCCCUGUCAUCCCCCCCACCCUUCCCCGCCUCCUCAUUUCAGGGCUGCACACAGUGAGUCCCACUCUCCCUCUCUGUUUGGAUGUACUGCUCUGUGUAACUCAGUGGGUCUCCCUCUUUCUGGUUUGUUUUUCUAGAUUCCUGCCGUUUGUUCAUCGUUGUGCCUAAAGCAUGUCGAUGUGGCGUCAAGUACAUCGUCCAAACCCUGUCUCUUCAGCUUCUCUGAUGCUUGAACUCUCACCUUUGACCUUGUGUUGACCUUUGAUGCUGAUGUGUAUUUUAUUAUGUUUGUUUCUUUCCUUGUUUUUUCUUUUUUCUUUCUUUUUUUUUUCCCUUUUGUGCUGCCAAAAUUGGUUUUGCUAGAACGACUGCUGAAGGGAAAAAUAUUUAAACUUGCAUUUGAAUAUAAAAAAAAAAAUCUAUUUUUCUAGAACUUCAUAAGAUAACCACUUGAUUUUGUGAUUCCGAUUCUUUGUAACUGUCUCAGAGCAGCCCUACUAGCACAUGCCGCGUGGUGUUUGUCCCUGUGAACACACAGCCAGUCCGCUUCCAGGCUUCGUCCCCUGUGUGCUUAGUUUAAAGACAACUUUGAAAUAAACAAUGAAAUAAACGAUGUCACUAAAAUCUUUGAGGCUCCUGAACACAUUUUGCUGACAUAGUUUUGGGGCUUGAGGAGACCGCAUGUGUUAUUAUUAAUUUUUGUUUUUCUGAGUUCUCAACUGCAGAAAACACCUGAAACACAACACCCCCACUCGUUGGCUUUUCACUGAGGCUGAGGUUUGGUCCCCAGCUAGCUUUUUGUUUUCCUUUUGUGGUUCUUCCUGAAGCAGCCCUGCAGGGAAACCCUAGGGCCCCUUUUCCCUCCCCUCAGCUCAGCCAGCUCACAUCCAUGCUUAUUCCUACAGUCUCCACAGCAAAAUGUGAUGCUUUGACAUUUUUUGGGGUUUUGUAUUGUUUUUGCCUUUUUGUUUUGAAUUUUCCCUUUCCUACUAAGAUUAUGCCCAGAAAAGACAAGUUGUGCAUGUUUCCUGCUGUUUCUUCACACCUUCGUAUGUAUCACCUUCACCUCUCUGUUUUCUAUAGUUUGUGCAAAAACUGACUGAUUUAAAGGGGUUUCAAAGAAGAUGUUUUAAAUUGUUACGGGGUUGAUAUUUUUUUCUCAAGAUUGUAUUGUUUUAUUUGAAGUGGCAACUUUCUCCUCUAUUGCCCUUAGAGUGUUUGCCUGUGCACUUAGACUGUCACUCUUUAUGGCCUCCAGGUCUCGGUGGGGCAUCCAGGAGGCUGGCUGCUCUGCUCAGGGAGUCCAGGGGGGCUGGAGAGGCGAAAGUAGAACCAAAGGUGGCUGUGGGUAGGCAGGAGGCCUAGCACAGAAGGCUCAAUCACAGAGGAGGGGGUGCUGUGCUCCUAACUACCCGCAGGAAGCCGUCUGCACACUGAGUGGCAAUACACCUGCCUGCUCUUUCCCUAGGUGACAAGCACAAUAAAUACUACAGUCUUCACACUGUUUACAGCCCUGGGCACCAACCACCCCACACUGGCUCUUCACUAUGGCUCUGCUCUUACUCAGCUAGUAGACUUGGGGUAAGGGCAAGAAUUUGUUAUUAAUUUGGGUGAAGAGCCAAAUAGCUACUGUCUGCGGGUGCCAGGCCAGCCAGUUCUUUGGUUUCCUAAGGGAAACUUACCCUCUUCUCUUGUAGCACCAUCCAGCCUCAGGGUCUUGGGGACUUGGAAGAAUGUGAGGAGGAGAGGGGCUAGAGGAAAUGAGUAGACAGGGAUGGGUCUGUGAAGAGCAGAGGCUGCAGGGAGGUUUUUGACAGAUCCCACUGAGACAUGAGCACUGCUGGGAGGGAGAGGGGAAGCAAGAUUGUCCAGGGAAGGGUGGCAAGGUGCAGCAAGGGAUGGGGGUGGGCUAUUGAAGCACUGACUAGCAUCAUCGACGCCCAGGUGAUGAACGGAUGCCAGCAGAAUGUCUGCUCUGGGACCCCCACAGGUUGCCCAAUAUAUUAUGCUUAAGGCCACCUUACUAGGAAGAAAAGGCAGCCAAGUGGAGGACGCCUAUAGAUAGGCUGCUGGAUGUCCUGGAAGGGGUGAUGUGGGAUGGGAUGGAGCCAGAGCCCUAGCCUGAGCCUGCUGUGUGCCCCACAGUCUGAUUGCACAGAGCCGCCUCUGUCGGCAGGAGGCGCUGAGGCUCCCCUCUGUGUAUUGAGAAGCUGUGUUUGCCAAUAUAUUUUGCUUUCAGUUCCAAGAGGAGCUCUGGGAAAACCUGUGGAUAAAACCAAAUGCCAAAUGUUGGACAUUGUUUCCUUUUCCUUUUCUCUCUGAUUGUUUUAAUUGUUCUGUAGUGGUUUUAAUGGAUUUGAGACCCUGGAGCGGCAGCUGCCUUUCUGAUUUCCAGCUGCUUUUUGUGAAUAAUUUAAAAAGAAAAAAAAAAGAAACUUUACAUUUUGGAGACAAACCUGUGUGAGUUUUUUAUUGGUACAAACGUUGUAUUUAACACUAGGGGUUUUGUACAGUUUUUUGCCUUUUCUACUAGAAAACAAUGUAAAGUGAUUUCACAAUGUGAAGAGAAAAAAUUGCCACUAUGACCAAACGCACAGUCUGUUCUGCAGCAACAACGGGAUUCAAUCAACUCAAAGUCGUGAUUCAGCCGUAGAAAUGCUUUUCCUUGACCUUGUUUGAGCUUUCCUUUUUUCCUGUUUGAUUUACAAAAGAUGUCUUUUUUUGUGUGUGUGAACUUGUGUUGUACUCUGUAGAAAAUUAUGGAUUUUGCUUUAAUGGUUUAAAAAAAAAAAAGGGCAAGAAGAGCCCUUGUCGCUUUUCUUACCUAAUCACAGUUUGUGUAGUGGAUUAAAAAAGAAAAAAAAGUUGUUAAAAGUUUGGAGCAAGGGAGUAUGUGUUUAAAAGGACUCUCCUUCCUUUUUUUGUGUGUUUUUCCUUUCGUCCCAAUGGGGAACCUAAAUCUGUUUUAAUUGCACAGACACACGGACAAAAAGUCAUUUUGUAUCUGCCAAGUGUGGUACCUUCCUUUGUUUAUUUGCUAUUAAACUGUUUGAGAAGAA